GAAAUCCCUACGCACGCUUAGACUCUUGGGAGUUGUAGUACGAAUCCAGUCAGGGUUGGAACCAUGGCGGUGACCAAAGAGCUCUUACAGAUGGACCUGUACGCGUUGCUAGGUAUCGAGGAGAAAGCAGCGGACAAAGAGGUGAAGAAGGCAUAUAGGCAGAAGGCCCUCUCCUGCCACCCAGACAAAAAUCCGGAUAAUCCUAGAGCAGCUGAGCUCUUCCACCAGCUUUCUCAGGCCUUGGAGGUACUGACCGAUGCUGCAGCCAGGGCUGCCUAUGACAAGGUCAGGAAAGCCAAGAAGCAGGCAGCAGAGAGGACCCAGAAACUUGAUGAGAGAAGGAAGAAAGUGAAGCUUGACCUGGAGGCCCGAGAGCGGCAGGCCCAGGCCCAUGGCAGUGAGGAGGAGGAGGAGAGCCGGAGCACCAGGACAUUGGAGCAGGAGAUUGAACGCCUUCGGGAAGAGGGUUCCCGGCAGCUGGAGGAACAGCAGAGGCUGAUCCAGGAGCAGAUACGCCAGGAGCGGGAGCAGAGGUUGAGAGGAAAGGCAGAAAAUCCUGAAGGCAGAGGAACCCCCAAGCUAAAGCUAAAAUGGAAGUGCAAGAAAGAAGAUGAGUCAAAAGGCGGCUACUCCAGAGAUGUCCUCCUACAGCUUUUCCAGAAGUAUGGAGAGGUGCUCCACCUGGUGCUUUCCAGUAAGAAGGCUGGCACUGCCGUGGUGGAGUUUGCAACCAUCAAGGCUGCGGAGCUGGCUGUCCAAAAUGAAGUGGGCCUGGUUGAUAACCCUCUGAAGAUUUCCUGGUUGGAGGGACAGCCCCAGGAUGUGGGGGGCCCCAGCCACCCAGGACUGUCACAGGUCACUGACCACUGAACUUACUCCGUGAGCGUGCACUCGCUGGGUCUGCCACAGAACAGGGCUCAGCGGUUGGCUCUGCUCCGCAGCCCCCUUGGCCUGGCUCACUUCUGUGCCAACUCAGGUGGGCUUCACACUUCACAAAGCUUCAGCUGUACCGACGGGAGAAGUGAUUUCGUUCCCACUGCAGACCUUAUCAGGGUGUGGGGUGGGUGGAUCUGAGCUCCACUGGAGAGCUGCCUCUCCACCCCACAACACUGGCGCGUUGGGUUGGUUGUUUAUUAUUCUUUUGAUUAUGAACAUAGAGCACCCUUUAAUCCCCUGCACUGCGCUGGCAAGAUCAUAAAAGAAGGCACUGGGCCCCGCCCUCCUGUAGCCCUGGUGUGUAUUUUUAGGAGGCAGGUGGCCUCAUGCUUGUUUCUCCUUCUAGUGCGGGGGCUGACUGAGCCUGCGUCUAGGGCAGGGCUCCCUUCUCUGUCCUGGCAGGAGCCAGACCGCGGGGAGGGGGCGGUGCUCUCCUGCCCCUCUGACAGCGCCUUCGCUGGAAACCUGUGAGAAGCCCAAGCCACGGGUGGCCAGAAGGAGUGACAAAUAAAGGGCGAGGAGGAAAUGAAGGGAGACAUGGGCGCCUGGGUGGCUCAGUUGGUUAAGCGACUGCCUUCGGCUCAGGUCAAGAUCCUGGAGUCCCAGGAUCGAGUCCCGCAUCGGGCUCCCUGUUCGGGAGGGAGUCUGCUUCUCCCUCUGACCCUCCUCCCUCUCACGCUCUCUGUCUCUCAUUGUCUCUCUCUCAAAUAAAUAAAUAAAAUCUUUAAAAAAAAAAAAAAAUGAAGGGAGACAGGGCCUGGCUGGCGCACGCAGUGAUUCAGCCUGAGAAGAUGGAGCAGGGCUGACUGUUGAUGGAAGGCCUGGGGGCUGCUUGUGAUGGGUGGGAGGAGAGCCCGCGGAGAAGUACCGGGCAGCCUCACUCCUUGACUCAGGACUGUAGUUCUGCCUAGGCCCAGUCCUCCAAGUCUGGAGUGGGGGGCUGCACCCUGCUACCCUGACCGUCCCCCGGUCCCCUCUGUC